GGAGGGGCAGCCAAGUUUGUCCAUUUCAGCAACCGCCGACGGUGUGAGGUGAAGAGAAGAAAGGAGGCAAGAAAGUGCGAAAAUACACUAUUUUUCCGGCACUGUUGACACUCGAGGCGGAUUCAGGACAUGUGAUAGGACUCUGGAUUACGGAUUUCAGUGUUUUUGGACGUUUCUGGGGUAAAAAUCGUGACUUUGAAGGAGUUUUGUCGGGUGUGUGCAAGGUGUUUGGUUCCUGUGUGGAGGCAGAUCUGAUUUCACUGCACCCGGACCCCAGCAACAAAAAAGACCACACAACCGGACGGACAGUUUGGGUCCAAAAACCUACAUUUUGGCCCGUAAAGGUGACCAGAAGGAAUUCCUGGAGGCGUUGUAGCGAAGUGUGUUGUGUUGUUUACCGUCGCAUCGCUGUGCCUUGGCCCGGAGAGCGUCCCAAACAUGGUCGGCGGUGACCUGCACGCUUCGCCGACCGCUCACGUUUCCAAGCCCCGGUGGUGAUCUCAAGCCCGAUCAGGGUUACCUCUGCCCCGACGGGAAGGAGGUCCCCACUCCUCGGGACCACAAGCAUGGCCACCCCGAGGGUUAGGACUCGUUGGAAGCCCUAUUACUUCACGUUACUGUUCCUAAUACGGGCUCUGUUGUGCUCGGGACAGGAGGCGGCCGACCGAGCAGCCAGCUCGGCGCGAGUCGCCUUCUCCCUCGAAGAGGGACAACCAUCCGGUACCUUCGUCGGUAACAUCCCAACACAGCCUGGAUUUACUUACAGGUUUAACCAAGACCCAGGAAUAUUUAGAUUGGAUCCCAACUCUGGUGAGAUCCGCACAACACAGGAGAUUGACAGAGAAGCCUUGACGGACGAUUCCUUAGAUCUAGUAGUGCUUUCCAUCCAAUCCAGUGGUUCCACAAUCCCCAUAGAAGUCAGAAUAGACAUACUGGACAUCAACGACAACUCUCCCGUAUUCCCUGAUCCAAGUAUACAAAUCUCGUUCUCAGAGAGCGCGAGGACUGGGUCACAGGUCAUUUUAGACACUGCGACAGACGCAGAUAUAGGUAAUAACGACAUCACAGACAAUUACAGGAUUGUUUCAGGGAAUGCCAACAACACUUUCGAGUUGGUCGUCACGACGAAUCCAAGCGGAGAGGCGUCGUUUUUGCACCUGCAGACCAACCAGAAUCUAGACAGGGAGAUCAGGUCUUCGUAUCAGCUGAACAUAUCAGCACAAGAUGGCGGCAGCCCGCCGCGCUAUGGCUACCUGUUAGUUAACAUCAGCGUAAGAGACUCGAACGAUAACCCACCUAUAUUCGACCAGAGCGAGUACAUUGUUAGUCUGAACGAAAGCGCGCCCGUGGGCACCAGCGUGUUAACCGUCAGAGCCACUGACAUUGAUGAAGGCACAAAUGCCGAAAUCACGUACUUGCUAGAUUCGGGGGAGCCUGCAACAAAGUUCCAGAUUGACCCCAUAACCGGCGUAGUCUCGACGUUACAGGAGCUUGACUACGAGGAGAACAACAACUAUUACGUGAACGUGCAGGCUCACGAUAACGGGUCUCCCAUCCAAUAUGGCAGGGCGUACAUUACCAUCAAUUUGGUGGAUGAAAACGAUCACGAUCCUGCGAUUGGAUUUAGGUAUUUCCCUAUUGGUGCACAGUUUGCGUCGGUUGAAGAAGACGCUGCGGUGAAUACUGUCGUAACCUUGGUUACCGUCACAGAUGCAGAUCAGGGACCCAAUGGGGAAGUAGAUCUGGAAAUUCUGUCCGGUAACGAACAGGGCACGUUCCAGGUGACGCACGUACCCGGGCUGAGUAUUGUGAAGGUUGCCAGAUCGCUGGAUCGCGAGAUCACAGAUCAGUACAAUCUGACCAUGAGGGCGACUGAUCACGGGAAUCCACCCCGUAGAACUAUUGCGAACUUGAUCAUCUACGUGAACGACAUCAACGACCAUGAACCCGUGUUCGAAAGAACAAGGUACAACACCACGCUCAGUGAAAGAGUUCCCGUUGGCAGCUAUGUUCAGGGCGUAACAGCGACUGAUGACGAUUCUGGUCUGAACGCGCAGGUUAGGUACGCCAUAGUAUCAGGGAACGAGCAUGGCUGGUUUAUGAUCGACGCAAACACUGGGCUUGUGACAACACAGGCUGAGCUGGACCACGAGGUCGCAGAUGGGGCCGUCCUGAACAUCUCAGCAAGCGACCAAGGCAUCUCCAUCCAGUUCACAGCAUACACGCAGCUUACCAUCACUAUCAUCGACGAGAAUGACUUCAUCCCCACCUUCAGUGAGACUGUGUACAACGUCACAGUCCUGGAAAACCAAAACGCACCACGAGAAGUCAUCACAGUCACGGCACAGGACGAUGACCAAGGAACCAACGGAGAGGUUUACUACGAAUUUGAUACCGAGACAGCAAACUUAGGUAUCUUCCAGUUGAAUUCCAACACAGGCCGUAUUGACACUCUGGUAACAUUUGAUCGUGAGACAACAGAUCUCUAUGCCCUGGUGGUCCGAGCCUCAGAUCGUGGCAACCCUCCACAACAAUCAGCCGUCAACGUCAACAUCAUUGUUGGAGACCUAAACGACAACAGUCCUGUAUUCUACCCAGUCAGAUACUAUGCAAGCAUUAGGGAGAACCAGCCCUCAGGCACAAGUGUUGUACAAGUUUCUGCUUCUGAUUUAGAUGCAGGUUCGAACGGGAGAGUGACCUACCAGAUCACGAGGGGUAACCCGGACGGGAAGUUUACGAUCAGCCCUCAGAGUGGCCAGAUCACCACGACAGCCGAGCUGGACAGGGAAGAGCGAGCCUCGUACCAGCUGGAGGUCACCGCUCGCGACGGCACAGGUCAGAGUUCGGCUUCCCCCGCCACCAUUGACGUAACAGUCGUGGACAUACAGGAUAACCCACCGGAGUUCAGCCAACCUGGGUACAACUUUGUCAUCUUUGAGAACGUGGAAAUCGGAAAGUCAGUCGGAAUGGUGAGUGCAACAUUCCGUGAUGCAAACGCCAAUGCCACCUACUCGAUCUUCUCUGGUGAUCCCGCUGGGAUCUUCCGGAUCAACUCCCAGACUGGCUUGAUCUCGACAGCCAAGGAGGUGGACAGGGAACAGAACCCGUUGUACACACUGGCCGUGGUAGCAAGCGGCGGGCGAAUAGUUGGGCAAACGCAAGUGAACGUGACCCUCCGAGACUUGAACGACAACCCACCAUCUUUUCCAACUGCCUCCGCACAAGCAGAUGCAGUGGAGAACUGGCCCGUUGGCCGAGAAGUUUACGAGGUGGCAGCGCAAGAUCCAGACGACGGUGUUAAUGCACAGAUCACGUACGAGCUCAUCACAAAUCCCAGCAACAAGUUCCAAGUGAAUGGAGACUCGGGCAUUGUCUCUCUCGCAGGGGCACUGAGCUAUGAAGUUGGCCAGUAUGUCCUUGAGAUUCAGGCAACAGAUAGAGGUUUGCCUCCACAGUCUGCUACCCUGACGCUCACAGUUACAGUGCGUGACGUCAAUGACCAUGCCCCUGUCUUCUCUUCCUCCUCGUAUUCCACUGCGAUUCCAGAAUCUCAGCCAGUCAACGACCAGUUCUUCUCUGUAACAGCAACAGACGAGGAUGCUGGUCUGAAUGGGUUGAUAUCAUACUCCAUUACCGGUGGGAAUGCAGGAGACAGGUUUGGCGUGUUUCCAGAUGGAAACUUGUACAUCAAAAAUGCUCUCGACCGUGAGGUACAGAGCCAGUAUGUGUUGAGUGUUGAGGCACAAGACAACGGGGUGGAAGCAAAAUCUGCCAUCGCAAAUGUUACAGUCGAAAUUCUCGACGAGAAUGACAACCGCCCGCUCUUUGCUAAUGCAACGUACAAUCUCUUCUUGGACGAAGAGGUGCCUGCGGACACAAUGGUUGCCUUGGUCACGGCCGUUGAUCGUGAUGCUGGGACCAACGCAGAGCUGAGGUAUUCCUUCAUCACAGAGCAGUCUGACUUUGCCAUCAACCCUUCCACUGGCGCUAUCACAAGCCUGAGGAUGUUCGACCGCGAGGACUUGAUCCAACGCACUGGGCUGAGCACGUUCACUCUGGAAGUCGCUGUGACUGACAGCGGAGACCCUCCACUGCAAGACAGGGCAACUCUUCAAAUCACAGUCCGUGAUAUCAACGACAACGUGCCCCGCUUCGCUCAGGACACGUACCAGGUGUCCAUCUCAGAAAAUGCCCAGAGGACCCAGCAGGUGGUUAGGGUUAGUGCCUCCGACAUGGACUACGGAAACAACGCCCUCGUGCGUUACACCAUCACAGAAGGGAAUGACGAAGGCAAGUUUCUGAUCGACUCGAGCUCAGGCCAGAUCACAUUGGCUCAGCUAUUGGACAGAGAAGUUGAAGACUUUUAUUCGCUUGUCAUCGAUGUCCGCGACUCAGCAGAUGAGAACCCACUCAGUUCUCAGUGUCGUGUCAACAUCUCCGUUCUUGACGAAAAUGACAAUGAACCUGUCUUCACCCCCACCUCGCAAACAGCCGAUGUGUUGGAGUCCACACGAGUCAAUGACCUCAUUACAACUCUUACCGCCACUGACGGAGAUGCUGGAUCGAAUGGUGAAAUCACCUACAGCAUCAGUGGUGGAAAUGCUCACGGCACCUUUACUCUAGACUCCUACACAGGCAAGCUGUACCUCUUCAAGUCUCUGGAUUACGAAAGCACGAACUCGUACCGUCUCAACAUAACGGCAGCAGACCACGGAACACCACCACUCUCCACUGUCAUCCCCUUCGAAAUCAACGUCCUGGAUUCGAACGACAACCCGCCUACCUUCCCACCGGGCGACACAGUACGCCAGAUAACAGAGGGGGUUGGGCUAAACACCGUCAUCACCACGGUAAUAUCAAACGAUCCGGAUUCAGGAAGCAACGGGGAGAUUCGGUACUCCAUCGCCAGCCAGGUUCCACAAGGUGACCAGUUCGCGGUGAAUCCCACGUCAGGCGAGGUAUUCACUCGCGCAGAGAUUGACAGAGAGUUUGCCAACACUUUUGACAUCACCGUGAGAGCGACAGACCAAGCAAUCCCUGUUUCGGAGAGAAGGCACGCCUUCAAAGUCAUAACCGUCAUCAUCAGGGACGUGAACGACAACAAUCCUUUGUUCGUGUCCCAGGAUGCGGCUGCCAUUGCUCCAAGUGCAUCUAGGGGAGAUGUCGUUUUGAACGUGGUCGCAGAAGACCCAGAUGAGGGCACAAAUGGGGAAGUCAGGUACUCUGAGACGAGCGGGAACACUAACCAGUUUGAUAUCGGUGGAACCACAGGUGUAGUGACUCUUGCACAGGGUUUGAAUCCCUCCCAAACCUUCUACACCCUUGUGGUCAGUGCUACAGACCAGGGGCCUGGAAGGAGGUCGACGAAUUCGGAGAUUAUAUUCUUCAUAGCGUCCACAAGCAACAACGGACCUGCGUUCUCUAGGAGCAGCUACUCUGGGAUCGUGCACGAGAACCAACCCGUGGGAACCAGCGUAACGUCAGUCCGCGCUAGUUAUUCCGACGGCCACAGUGCCACCAUCGAAUAUUACAUCACGAGCAUUCGGUCGGGGGAUAUUUCCGUUGGGAGAUACUUCGCGAUUGGCCGUACGUCAGGUCGGAUUACAACGGGGGUUGUGUUAGACCGCGAGGAGGGACAUGACAGUUUCACGUUGGAAGUGUACGUCGUGGACAAGUCUUCCUCUACGCCCAGGACCCGAUCCACUCAGGUCACCAUCACUCUUGAGGAUGAAAACGACAACACUCCGUUGUUCGACACGGACUACCGCGACAUCAGCGUACCCGAGGACCUCGCGAGCGGCGGACUGGUCACCACGGUGGUCGCUAACGACGCUGACGUUGGGAGUAACGCGGUCGUCCUCUACAGCAUCAUUGCCGGGGACAACAACCAGUUCCGUGUGGAUUCUGACACGGGAGAGGUUCGAACCAAGGGACCGCUAAACCGCGAACAGUCGCCCACUCACUCCAUCACGGUACAAGCCAGCGACGGACAGCAGGCGUCCACGAUAGACGUCCGCAUCGCGCUUACCGACGUCAACGACAACGCGCCGCAGUUCCUCCGCUCCGUGUACUCGUUUGACAUCAGGGAGGACGCCGCCGUGAACUCGGAGGUGAACUUCGUGUCGGCUACAGACGCGGACGAAGGAAGCAACGCAGACAUCACGUACUCUAUCACUGAUGAGAACCAGGGGAUGUUCGACAUCACUCCCAAAACUGGAGUCAUUAUCCUCAGACGACCGCUGGACUACGAGCAGACGCAGCAUUACGUGCUGACGGUCCAGGCCCAGGACGGCGGCGGCCGCGCCAGCUCUGUCACCGUCUACGUCAACGUGAAGGACCUGAACGACAACCCUCCCGUGUUUGACCCAGACCGCUACACCGCUGAUGAUAUCUCCGAAGAUGUGCCCACUGGAACCAGUAUUCUCACUGUCACUGCAACAGAUAGGGACGAAGGACCCAAUGCAGAGAUCGACUACAGUAUUGUGUCAGGUGACCCCAACGAUCAGUUCAGCAUCCAAUCAGACGGCACCAUCGUGACGGCUGCAGCUCUCGAUCGUGAGCAGAACUACCUCUACAACCUGGUAGUCAUGGCAACGGACCGUGCCAUUCCCGCGUAUAUGCGGCUGUCCAGCACGGCUCAGGUCGAAAUCAUCGUCAACGACAUCAAUGACAACCCUCCCAGGUUCGUCACGCCGAACGUAACAUCUGUUUACGAGAACAGCCCCAUCAACACCGUCGUUAUGACGAUCAGGGCCGAGGACCCUGACGAAGAACGCAACAGCUAUGUGGAAUACUCCAUGGCAUCCGUACCGGGGAAUAAGUUCGUGCUCGACUCCGUAACUGGACAGUUGAGGGUGAACGGAGAUCUCGACAGAGAGGCGACGCCAUUUUAUGUUGUUACCGUCACCGCCACAGACAAAGGAAGGCCGCCAAUGUCUGCGUCCAUGGACCUCACCAUAAACCUGUUGGAUAGAAACGACAACAACCCCGUGUUUGGACCGGUAUCCUACGACGUCUCGGUUCUGGAGGAUGUUGCAGUGGGCACGGAGCUGGUACAAGUCGUCGCAGCCGAUGUUGACGAGGGUACAAAUGGCGUGGUACGGUACAGCAUCGUUAGAGGGAACACCGACAACGAUCUCGCUAUCAACGCAGUCACGGGCCGUAUCUCUGUAGCCAGACUCAUCGACCACGAGAGAACCACUGGGUACGACCUCGUCGUUCGAGCGCGUGACCAGGGCGCCACUCCAUUAGAAGCCCUCGCCACCGUCACCAUCACCGUCACGGAUGUCAACGAUUACGUCCCGCUGUUCCUCAACUCUCCUUUCGUCGCGCACGUCAUGGAAAACGACAACAACGUGCCCCAGUUCGUCACGCAGAUCUCUGCGCAGGAUGAAGACUCGGGAACGAUGGGCCAGGUGGAUUACUACCUCCCCGACGACAAGGGCGGCAGGUUCUCGAUAACGUCCUCCGACGGAAGGAUUUCCCUGCUGCGUAUGCUGGACAGGGAGGACCAAUCAGAAUUCCUCCUCAUUGUUACGGCCGAAGACAGAGGUUCUCCCAGACUUACAGGAACAGGGACAGUCCGCGUGCUUGUUGAUGAUGUCAACGAUAAUACGCCAACGUUCGACCAACAAACCUACACGACAACCAUCGCUGAAGAUGUACCAGUGAAUACCGACGUGCUAUUGGUCAGCGCUACUGAUCUGGAUGCUGGGCAAAAUGGAAACAUCAGAUACACGUUGACGGGAGACCUUGGUGACAAGUUUGAAGUGAACCCUUCCACUGGUCAGAUCAUCACCAUUGGGCUACUGGACCGGGAAACGCAGUCCCUCUUCACCAUGGUCGUGACGGCCACCGAUAGCAGCGCUUCAAACGCUCGCUCCAGCUCUGCCACGGUGGUCGUCACCGUCAGCGAUGUGGACGACAACGUUCCCGCGUUCGCCGACCGUUCCAUCGACGCCUACCUACCUGACAAUGCUCCCACAGGUACAUUUGUGGCUCUUGCCUCCGCUACCGACCCAGAUGAAGGCACCAAUGGCGACGUCCGUUACUCCCUCUCCGGCAGCGACGCCAACCGCUUCAGCAUCGACAGGGUCACCGGGGUCAUCUCCACGGCGAUGACCCUCAGCGACACCAGUAGCCAGUACAACCUCCAGGUCACCGCCAGCGAUCUCGGACCCAAUCCUGGUACGGAUACGGCCAGCGUCACCAUCAGCUUCCAGCCUGCUGCAAGCUUCCCCACUAUCAGUGUGGGCACUGACACGUUUAACUAUCCAGAAACACAGUCUGUUGGGACUGUACUCACCUCUGUACAGGGCAGCUCGUCAAAGCCAUCACCAGCAAAUGCCAUCACGUACCACAUCGCGGGUGGAAAUAAGGGAGACGUGUUUGAGGUGAUCCCUUCCGGCCAGGUACGUCUGAGAAGGAGCCUGAACUAUGAGGAAACAAGCUCUUUCAAUCUAUGGAUGGAAGCGAGGGACAGCGAUAGCCCAGCGUUAUCCAGGUACCACAGGCUGAGGAUAGCCCUAACUGAUGUAAACGACAACCCGCCAAUCUUUUCCCAAGAUCCGUACGUUGGCUCUGUCGGAGAGAACGAAGGAACAUUUACAAGCGUGGUGACAGUGUCUGCCUCUGAUGCAGACUCAGGGUCAAACGGAGAGUUUGAAUACAGACUCCGAGCUGCAGGAAACUUGGACAACUCCUUCCAAGUUGACCCCAACACCGGUCUGGUCAGCACCAGAAGAUUCCUGGACAGGGAGCAACGGGACAGCUACAGUCUUGUAGUGGAGGCAGUUGAUAAGGGCUCCCCAACUCUGACAGGCACUGCUACAGUCCUCAUUACUGUAGAAGACAAGAACGACAACCCCAUGCAGUUCCAGAACCUCUACAGCACCUCCAUCUAUGAGGAUUCACCGAUAGGUUCAUUUGUCAUACAAGUCAGCACCACAGAUCCUGACAUUGGCACCAAUGCCAUGGCCCAGUACAAGUUCUCCCUAGACUCGCAGUACGCAGAAGCUCGGGGCAAGUUUAACAUGGGACGUGACAGCGGGAAUGUCACAGUCGCAUCCACCCUGGAUCGAGAAAUCAGUGACCACUACCAGCUCCUUGUCAUAGCAGAAGACUCUGCAUGGGAAGCAAACACCCCACUGUCCAUCACUAUACUUGAUGUGAACGACAACCCACCUCGCUUCAGUGCUCCCGUUUUCGAACGCAACCUGCCAGAAGGGAUCCGUGCUAACCAGCUGGUAACAAGACUGGUAGCAACUGAUGAAGACGAAGGCACGAAUGCGGAAGUCUUUUAUCGCAUGAAGACCCUUUCAAAUUACUUCCGCCUUGAUGAGAAUACUGGGUCUAUCUUGACGAAGAAUUCCCUGGAAUUUGUCCCCGAAUGGACUGGCACCACCAACCCUAACCACCACCAGUUUGUGGUGAUCGCCACCGACCGUGGCACCCCUCCUCUGUCUGGAGAAGUCACCGUGAUCAUUAACGUCAUCGACGCCAAUGACCACGCACCAGUCUUCCAGGAGGUGUCGUAUUUCAGCCCUGUGCCAGAAAACGCACAGAUCGGAGAGAUGAUCAUCCAAGUCUACGCUGUGGACAACCAGGACAUUGGCAGCAACGCUGAGGUGGAGUAUUCCAUCACAGGUGGCAACGGAACAGAUCUGUUCAACAUUGACAGAACAACAGGCUGGGUUUCAGUCAGCUCAUCCCUGUCUAAUCGUCAGAACGUCUGGUACUCUGUGACGGAACAAGCCCGCGACCAGGGCAGCCCAGCUCUGUCUACCACCACAGAUGUCUCCAUCCUCGUGACUAACGUCAAUGUGUACGCACCAGAUUUCUCCGCUCCAUCCUACCAGGUGACCAUCGAGGAGAGUCGCCCAAUGAACAGCCACGUCUUCACUGUCGUAGCCACAGACAGAGACGCAGGUGUCAACGGUGAGAUCAGGUACUCCAUCGUUGGAGGUGACGAACGUGGACAGUUUUAUAUCGAUCCUCGGACGGGGUCUGUAACAGUUGCAGGGGUCUUGGACUACGAAACCACGCCGACGUAUCACCUCAACAUCUCUGCUCGUGACCGCGGGCUCCUCUAUCGUGAGAGCUUUGUCAUCCUCAUGGUAGACCUCACAGAUGUUAACGACAACGACCCGAUGUUCGACCCCGCAACGUACGACCCCAGCAUUCCUGAGAACUCUCCAAGCGGCACGUCUGUCGUCAUGGUAACAGCCACCGAUGCAGACACUGGAGCUAACGCUGCGAUCAGGUACCAGAUCACUGGAGGAGACGGUCGGGACCUCUUCAUCAUCGAUCCAGUUACUGGUGAGAUCACCUCCCAGGGAGGCCUGGACUACGAGCGGAAGCAGAUGUACACUCUGCAAGUCACAGCAACCAAUGUGGAGGCAUCCUCCAGGUUUGGCACCUGCACUGUUAACAUCCACCUCUCAGGAGAGAACGAGUAUGCUCCAGUCUUCCUGCAGAGACUAUACACCUUCGAGAUUUCAGAAUCUGCGGAAACAGGCACAACUGUGGGUACAGUGUAUGCGACAGACAGGGACGACGGAGUUGAUGGCAUUGUGGACUACAUCCUUGUGGGCAGCAGCAACGACAAAGGAUUCGCCAUUGGUUUAGAGAGCGGAGCCAUAACUGUAGCACGGAGGCUUGACAGGGAGACGUCCAGCCAUAUCAUUCUGUCCGUCAUUGCGAAAAACCGUGGCAGCAUCCUUGGUAAUGACAUUGACGAAGUCCAAGUGAACAUCACCAUCAUUGAUGCUAAUGACCCUCCUGUGUUCGAAUUCAGCCUGUAUGAGGGGCAUGUGAGUGAGGGAGACAACAUUGGCACCUCAGUUCUCACCGUGUCUGCUAUUGACAACGACUUGAGGGCAGAUUUCAGAUCCUUUGUGUACGGCAUCCAAGAUGGGAACGAGGGCACUGCUUUUAGCAUAAACCAGAUCAGCGGCAUAAUAACCACGGCAAGUCAGCUGGACCGGGAAACUAUUGAUACCUACAACCUUACUGUCACCGCAACAGACUCUGGUAUUCCUCCGGCGACAGGCACAACCUACGUUGUUGUUAACAUUGAUGAUAUCAACGACAAUGGCCCUGAAUUCGAUCCACCAACUGUCACAGGUUACGUCCUAGAAAACAGUGCUCCAACAGAAGUGAUGACGCUCAGCGCCACUGAUCCUGACCUCGAUCCGAACCGCGGACCAUUCUCGUACCGUUUGAUUGGAGGACAUAACUCCCAGUACUUCACCCUGGAACAGAGCAGUGGCCGACUCAGCACAACCCGUCUGAUCGACCGCGAGCAACAGAGCGACUUCUACUUGAUUGUGGAGACCACCGAUUCAGGGUCCCCCUCCAUGUCCUCUACCCACACAGUCCACAUUGUUGUGGAGGAUGUCAACGAUAAUCCGUCCACACCGCGUACCGUCGACAUCUACAUCCACAGCCAGGAUGGGUCGUUCCCAGGCGGACCAAUAGGAAACGUGCAUCCAGUUGAUCCGGACGUUGGUGACACAUUUAGCUGUACCAUCACUCAAGGCAACACCCAGGUCUUUGCCAUCCCCUCCUUGUGUAAUCUCAACACUGGUCGAAUCAACACAGUAACUGACUACACUCUCCGAGUGAGCGGAGACGAUGGUGUCCACGCUUCUGUAGUAUCCACCGUCAGCGUCCAUUUCCGAGAGUUCACCACUGACGCGGUAGCCAAUGGCAUCAUUGUAAGGCUCGACAACGUAACUGCCAGCAACUUUUUGAAGAACUCCUAUACAAACUUCAUCACCGCACUAAACGGCAUUUCAGGGGUCUUCAAUACCGUUCUGUACAGCAUGGAGAAUACUGGAGAAGAUCUCGACCUUAUUCUUGCCCUUCAGCAAACAAACCAACAGUUCAUGGUGCCACGGCAAGCUUCUACGGCCAUCACAAACAGUAAGGCUAACAUCGAAAGCAGGGCAAGUGUUUCCAUUGUUGCUGUGAACUUUAACCCUUGCGAUGACAACCCAUGCCAACAUGGUGGCGUCUGUAGCAAAUCCCUUCAGGUCACCUCGGCCAGGAACAUUCUGGAAAGCGAUCCGGUGAUCUUCGUGUCUGUGGACACAGGCAACCGUUUCACCUGUAGUUGCCCCACAGGUUACACAGGGGAUAGCUGUGAGACUGAGAUAAACGAGUGCGAUGCAACCCCCUGUCUUAACGGAGGCACCUGUACUGACGAGAUCGGCACCUUCAGCUGUGAAUGCCCACCUGGUUACCAUGGCAACAGAUGCCAGAACGACGUCGACGAAUGCAGCAGCAACCCCUGUCGGAACGGUGGGCAGUGCCUGCAAGGGCUGAACGACUACACCUGUUCCUGUGCGCAAGGCUACACCGGGAAGAACUGCGAAAUUGACGUGGACUACUGCGUCUCCCAGCCGUGCCUCAACAACGGCACGUGCACCGACGGGCAGACGUCGUACUCCUGCCGGUGUCAGUUCGGAGAGAAGGGAGACAACUGUGAGAUCACCAGCUACGGAUUUGAAGAGGUUUCCUACAUGCAGUUCCCGGUGCUGGACCAGCGUAACAACGACAUCAUGAUCGAAUUCGCAACCGUCAUGACAAACGCCCUCCUCUUGUACAACUACGAUGCUGAAGAGUCAGACUCGUCGGAUUUCAUCGCACUGGAAAUCAUCGAGGGGAAGCUGCGACUGUCGUACCAGCUGGGAGAUGGGAUCACCAGGAUAGAGGUGGAUAGGAACGUGGCUGACGGACAGUGGCACACGGUCACAGCCAGGAGGAACGGAAAGGACGGCACCCUGAUUGUGGACAACUGUGGUUCAGCCUGUCGUAACACAGGAGGCACUGGAACAGCAAGCGGCCUGGACCUGAGCGGCCUUCCCAUGAUGCUUGGCGGGGUGCAGACGAUCGACGCGAUCCUGGUGCGACCUGGGCAGGUUUCGUCCAAUGAUUUCGUGGGAUGCAUCCGCGAGGUCACGAUAAAUGGCGUGCCCCUCAACCUGGCAGUACCCCUCUCUUCCCGCGGUAUUUCGGACAGAUGUCCCCGGGCAGCAAACACGUGCUCCCCAGAUCCAUGUAAAAACGGCGCCGCGUGCCAAGACAAAUGGUCCAGUCAUCAGUGCCAGUGUUCAGACAUCUAUGUUGGUGACAACUGUGACAAAAGACGUGUUCCCUUCUCCUUCGGUGGCAACAGUUUUGUGGAGUUCCAGAUCAAGGAGAGCUACGUACGGGAACUCCAGCUGGGGAACCAGGUGUCAGGCCGCAGGAGGAGAGCCAAUCAGGACACGUCUCUGUCUCUCAAGUUCCGCACACGAGAAAACAACGGGCUGUUGCUGUAUGCAGGAGGCUCAGUCAGAUACACUGUCCUGGAGGUGAAGGCAGGAAAGCUGGUGUACUCGUACAAUGCCGGAUCAGGACACAGGACCAGGGAGAUCGAUGUGGCGGUCACCAACGGCCUGUGGCACACGGUCACCCUGGUGCGCAGGAGCACCUCCACCUCCCUGUUCUUGCAGAAUGAAGAGCAGACGCAGACAGACUGGAACACAGAAAUCACCGGGACGACCCACGACUUCCUGAGCUCUGACGUCACCACCAUGUCAGUUGGUGGAACCAACACACCUGUCACUAUCGAGGGCCAGACUUUACCAGGAUUUGAUGGCUGUAUUGACGAACUGAGGUUGAACGGUCAGCUGCUUCCCUUCGUUGGCUCUAACAACAUCGUUAUCGCAACUCCGUCGGAAAAUGUUGGCGAAGGCUGCCCCAGCCCUGCCGUGUGUGUGCCCAACCCUUGCCCCAACAACCUCCUCUGCAUCGACCAAUGGCAGGAGCAUGAAUGUGUGGAGCCUGGAGCCUGUGCCUCGUCUCCGUGUAAGAACAACGGAACGUGUAUUCCUAAUGACAGCGGAUUCAGAUGUCGCUGCGAUGGAAACUACAACGGCACUCUGUGUGAAAAUGCUAUCGCGUGCAUCGGUUUUACAUGUGGGAAAAACCAAGUGUGUGUCGGAGUGGGGGCCACAGGUCGCACCUGUGAGUGCAUGGAAGGAUACGGGGGAGACAACUGCCUCCAACAACUGCCUCAGGGCGCAGCGACAGGGUUACACAUCGGUGUGAUUAUCGUUAUCGUGUUCUUCUGUCUCGUUGCGGUCAUCCUCCUCAUUGCCUUUAUCGUGUACCACCGGCGACGCAUGCUGAGGAAGAGAGAUCAGGUUCCCAAAACCACGAAACAAAAUGGUGGGCACAUGGCGAAUGGUGGUCAGGAAAACAGAGCGUACAACACCGAUGACAUUGAUUCUGUGACGCCGUACUUGGGUGACGGAAUGAUGACUAACGACACCAUGUAUGACCAAAAAGCCAUGCACUUCAACGAGCGGGAGGUGAAAAUGCGCGACCCCACACCAGACAUCAUUGAACGCGGACGCGGCUCCGUACCAAUCGACAACAUGGAUGAUGAUGACGUCGUCAUCGAGAACGAUGACGGCAUAACAGCAUUGAGUCGCCUGCCUGAAGACAGAGACCCGUUUCCUGAGCACUACGACUUGGAAAACGCCAGCAGUAUCGCUCCCUCAGACAUCGACGUGACAUACCAAGCCUACUACAAAGCGUUCCGCGAAGGAAAGAGGUACAAACAACCAGUACCCAACCGACACAACCACCACCCACGACAGAGCCCCAGCAGUCUUCUCCACCAGGUGCACAUGAGAGACAGUCCCAACCACCUCGCUCGUAAAAGCCCCAACCACCUGUCACACAGGGACAGUCCCAGUUUCCAAACCUCCGCCCGACAAAGCCCUGCCAGCCACCUUCUCCGUCAGAGCCCUAACCACCUGGCCAGGCAGAGCCCUGCUAGCCAUUUAGAAGGGCCCAUGAGGCCGCUGGGCAUGAGGACUAGUUCGGAUCACCUGCCUCCGUCCGAGCAUGGCAGCCACUACAGCGGCAGCAGCAUGGGCUCCAAGAACCGCCGCCGGGCGAAGAGCCCCUGUGCCAGCUCCCACGGACGAGGCAGCAGACCCAGCAGUAGGUUAAAACAACCCAUAGAACAGAUUGAGAUGGACAGUGGGCCGCCUGUCGGGCUCUCAGUCGAAGAAGUGGAGAUGCUCAAUGCUCGCCCAAGACACAGCGUUGCCAGCACUAUGGAUGGUGCGUCAUCCAUAACAGAAAGAACUAUGCCAGUCAACGACAAAAUCAUGAGUCUACUAGAACCCCCCGAUUUGUUAGAACCCCCUGAGAGUAGCACCGAGGAGAGCCAGGAUGAUUCCUUCACCUGCUCCGAGUUUGAGUACGAGCGGGAGAAGCCGUCGAGAAGCAGAAACAACUUUGACCCGAGAACUAACAAAAUGUUCCCUCACGGCGACAACGGUUCGUUGGGAGGGUCCCUGAGUACGCUGCUAGAGGGCGACGACCCACAGAAGAAGCACGCUCUCCCUCCAAAUGGCACGUUCAGCUGGGACUACUUGCUAAACUGGGGGCCGAACUUUGAGAACCUGGUGGGGGUGUUCUCAGACAUUGCUGCUUUGCCUCCCGAUGCUCAGAGCAGGGAACAGAACUCUGACGAAACAACAACAAAAGUUAACGGCGUGGCCAACAAUGAAGAGUAUGUGUAGGCAAAUCAUCAUUAAUUUGUUGCCCUACUUGGUACAUGUAUAGCACGCAAAUGUAAAUGCUAUCCUUUAAUAUAGAAAUAAAGAAUCAAUGGUGAACACAGAUAUUUCUAUCCAGUGAAUAGAAUAUUUAUUGGCAUCAAGUAGACAAAUAGAUGUGUGAUUCCUUUUAUUAUACAAAGUCUUAAAUCAUAUCAUGAUAAUACAAUGUAUAUAUGAUGCCACGUACAUGUAUUCCCUGUGCCAUUUGUAUCUUCGCAAGCAAAUUUCUGCACCUUUUCCAAGAUUUUUAAACUUUCCACAUCACAGUCAUGCUUCCUUAAAUGGCAAAAUCUAUAUUUUUGUAUCCUCCAUUGAAGUUGUUCACAAUGAAUUCUGUAAUUUACGAUUAGAAAAUGUAGUGAAGAAAAUACUAAGGUACAUUUGUAUGUUUUGAAUCGUGAGAUGUACAGCAUUGUAUAAAACAUUACUAAGAUAGGAUUUGUUUUUAUAGUGUCACAUAUGACAAGUCCACAAAUUAUGAAUGUGGGGAUGGAUGUGUAUAGAUAGAACAGAUAGAAGGAAAAUUGUUUUUAUAUUAUGUAUGUAAGCUGAAUGUUGUUUUUUUGUUUCUGUUGUGUUCAGAUGUAGUUGAUUGUAAUGAUUAUUGAUUACCAGCUUUUGUAUAUUUGUAUGGCAAUAUUGGAAUAAACU